CAUGAUCGGCAAUGGUAAUUAAAAUAUUGCUUAUAUCAUAUUAUUGCGAUUGGCCACGAGAAAUUCGAACUAUGUGUAUGUUAUUUUGUCUCGAUCAUGCGGUUAUGCAGAAGGACAACCCACGGACGAUAUGUCCCUGCAAUAGUUGGUCAAUGUUUGUCGAGAGCGACGAUCAGUAUAAAGUAGAUAAUAACCGCCUUCAGUAGUCACCAUGUGCCCUCGUGUAGACCAUUACGUUUGUUAUCACUUAUAUUCAUAUAAUGAAUAUAACGACGACUUUUCGACUUUAAUAUAUCGCGUUCGCCAUUGCUUAUCAUUGUUCUUCGAGAUAUAAGAUAAAAUGAUUAUUCUACCUGUGUUUCUGUGUUUAAAUCGUGAAAUAUUCCGAUAAGCACCGACGUGACAGUGCGACAGUGCGCGAUUAUUCAGAUUCCAUCAGUGUAUUAUUUGCCUCUUACCUACGUAGUUGGUGAUAUCUGGUGAUAAGAACACGAGGAGAAGAAGAGGAGAAAAUGGAAGAAGAGAGAGAGAGUUGAAUUCAAAAAUUGAGUAAAUAAGAAACCGAAAGCACCGAAGAGAAUAACAAACAGAGAAUUUUGAUAUAUUGAAUUUAAAGAAAUAAUCAACAGCUCGAGCUUUAGAAAUCUCUCUUCCCUCCCCCUCCUCUCUUCUUUUUCCUUUCUCGCUGUUCCUCUCCUCUGCUGAAAUUCCCGAGUUGAAUAGUCCUCAAAUUUCUUGAAGUGUUAAAUUCAUGAAAAUAUUGGAAGCAGAUUGUGAAUUUUUGUGUAAACAAUAUUAAUUUUCUCGGCGUGAAGAACAACUGUGUUGGCAGGAGAUAAUAAUUACAAUUUGCGAUGUGGCUUUCGCAAAUGUGUGUAUAUCGCGUUAUUGUCUCGUAUUUAUCUCCCAAAUGAUAAAUGAAAAAAAAGGAUGAAAAUUCCAAGCCGGAGGAAAUAAGACUCGCGGAAAAAGUUUUAUCUCUCGCGUCUUCGACGAGGGUCGAAAACGCAGUAAAGUAAUUGCGAUAACUCGCAAACGUUGUUGGAAAACGGCGCGCAUCGGCGCAACAGUUAUUCUUGUAAGAUCUAAUUAAUCACAAUAGGAAAUGACGGAUAACAGUAAUAAAAAUUUCGGAAGCUGAGUUUGAUCUAAUGCAAAGGAAAAUUUGAAAUCAGAGUGAUGAAAGUUUUAAAUAAAAAUUUAAUAAUAAUGAAAUUAUUAAAAAAAAAUGGCAAUAAUUUGAAAGAAAUAGUUCUGAAGAUAUUCAGCUAAAAUAAUCAAUGUCAAUCCUUGAUUACACAGAUUUAAGAUCCAUAAAUAAUUCUGAGAUUAACAAUCGUGAUAACAGCCGCGAUUAGGCACGAUAGCGAAAUUUUUAAUUUUAGUUUCUAUAGCGAUAAGAGCACUUCAAUUUCAGUCGGUUUCUCGGGACAAGUGUGUGUGUGUGUGUGUGUGUGUGUGUGUGUUUUGUGUAAAAAAAGUACGAUAUAUUUACGAUAUAUUGAUGUACAAUAUGCGGCGUUCUAUGCGUACGACGGAAUCCCUAUACUUCGAGACUUCGUGGAAAGUCAAACUAGAACAGAUCCGGAGACAACUGCGAACACUCUUCCGAAACACAUUGGGACGUUAUUGCAAGUCGAAGAACAAGAGCUAUACCAGAUUUCUGACGGAGGAAGAACAGAGGUGGCUGGCAGCCGCCGAGUAUGAUAUAUCCACACGGCUUGGAAUCCCUUAUCAACCUUGAUUAUCUUUUUGUCAACCAGAAAAUUGAAUUGCUUGAAGCAUUUACCGGAUGGGAAACCAAGAACAAGUACGUUAUUAUGAAUAAUAAGGGUGAACCGGUGUUUUACAUGGCCGAGGACUCGGGGGUCUGUUGGCGAUUGUGCUUGGGAAAGUAUCGCGCAUGCGAAUUCAACAUCUUCGACAAAAAUCAGCAACAGGUUCUUCGAAUGGUUCGACCCUUCAGAUGUGAUGGUUGCUGUUGUCCUUGCUAUUUGCAGGUUUUAGAAGUAUAUUCCGGAAAUAUUCUAUUGGGCAGUGUUACUCAAGAGUGGAGUUUCUGGCGACCAAAGUUUUAUAUUCGUGAUGCAUCCGGCCAACCAGUGUUGAUGAUAAAAGGCCCGCUUAUUCGUUUCUGUAUUGACGUAAUCUUUAAGGUCAAAUCUCUAGAUGAUGAGCAUCGCCUUGGCAUGAUCCGAAAGCAGUGGAGUGGCUUUGCUCAAGAAUUUUUUACUGUUUCCGAUAAGUUUGGGAUUAAUUUUCCGCGCGAUCUUGAUGUGAAGAUAAAGGCUGUUUUACUGGGAGCAUGUCUGCUAAUAGACUUCAUGUAUUUCGAGCAGGAGGCUUGACAAAUAAUUGACAAAAUCGAUCUACUUGUUGUUCUUGCUCUUGUGAAUGUGUUUCUUGCUUUUGUGAAUGUGAUGAAUGUGAUGUAAUGGAUUCAAUAGAUGCAGUUUAAAUUUAUUGAAGAUCACACAAGAGAAGAUUCGCAUGUUGCGAAAAAAAUUUGCUAUUUUAUCUUCUUCGUGAAUCACGACAGAAAGCAUUAAAACAAUACAAUGACAAUGAGUGACUACACGAUUAUAGAAUACGCUAAAUUUAAAAAGUAUUGUACACUGAUUUUUAAAAAAAGCUAUGAACAUUUUUCUAACUCACUCUAUUAAACAUAUUUUAUAGUGU